AUGAGCGUCACGGAGACAAUUGUCGUGGACGGUGACAAACAAUCAUCGAAGCGCAAAAGAGACGAGGAGUUGGCAGAGAUUGAGGUCGAUGUCGAUGCAGCAGAGCCACCAUCCAAGAAAGCAUUACGCAAAGCCAAAAAGGCCAAAACAACUCCGGGACAGGACGAUACAGAAGACUUCAUAUCUUUAGGCAAGAACACUGAGACCACCAAAUCUGACAAGAAUUCAAAGUCUGGACCCAAGAACGCUUCUAAAGGUGAUAGUACCAAAGGAGAAGACCAGCACGAUGUUACUACCAAUAGAAAACGUUCAGGGUUUGGUAUAUGGAUAGGAAACCUCUCUUUCGCGACUACAAAGGAGGAGCUGAUCACCUUCUUAACCAGCGAUCGGGAAAAUCCUAUUGCUGAAGGCCAGAUCACUCGAGUGCACAUGUCCAACGGACCCAAAAAACUAGGCAAGCCACAAAACAAAGGAUUCGCCUAUGUCGACUUUAUAGACGCUGAUACAUUAGCCAACGGUCUCGAACUCAGUGAGAAGUUAUUGGCUGGUCGGAGAGUGCUUAUCAAGGACGCCAAAAGCUUCGAAGGUCGUCCUGCAAGCAAGGAAGACAUAGCAAGUGGAAAGACGCCCAGUCGCCGGAUCUUUGUUGGCAAUUUAUCGUUCGACACCACGACAGAAACGUUAGAAGAGCACUUUGGUGUUUGUGGCAACAUAUUGAAGACACAGGUCGCUGCUUUCGAGGAUAGCGGAAAGUGUAAAGGUUAUGCAUGGGUCGAAUUUGAGAAACUGGAGGAUGCCAAGGCUGCUAUGAGAGGGUGGGUUGAGCAGGACGCUAGUGGUGGAGUGAGAGUCGACAAGAAAAGGAUAUGGCUAAGUAAAAUUGAUGGUAGGAAGUUAAGGAUGGAGUUUGCAGAGGAUGCGACAACGAGAUACAACAAGAGGUUCGGCAAAGAUGCGAAGAAUGUGGUACAGAACGCAGAGACCGAAACGCCAGAACAACAAGAACCUAUCACCGAGGUUAGUGAUAAAGACCAGCAGCCAGCAAGACAGUUCAAACAGAGACAGGAUAGUGCUAGGAAACGCCAACCUCAGAGAUACGAACAAGAAACUGUCCAGAGACUGACUGGUGCAAUCACUGAAAGCCAGGGGAAGAAAGUCGUAUUUGACUGA